AUGUCCCACAACAUACCCCACACGAGAAAUGAUGGGAGCUCCCGGCAGACCACACCACUCGUUUCUCGGGGAGAGCAAGACCUCACACUGGAAGCCCGCGCUAUACGAGAAGAAACAAACAGGCUCAGGGUUCUUGCAAAAAAAAUCAACAGCAAUUCCAGCAAUCUGACUAACAACGAUUUGUUACAUAUGUACUACCGGGUCGAGGUCGGCUCUUAUCUCUUGCCAGCUUCGAACUUCAUCAUCCAUGAAGACCCCUCUGAGGCCGAGGUGAUGGUCAAGCUCGCCAGGCAAUCCGCAAACAAAUCCGAAAAUUCGCUCCUCAUUGCCAGGUGUGAGUUCUGGAUGGGUCGGGUCGAGUUUCUGCGCGGAAACAUGCGCAAAGCUCAUGAGCACUUCGUGAAAGCGAACCCUUGUGCCAUGGAUCCGAAGGAGGGCGUCGAAUGCCAGGACCUGAGCUUCUUCCUGGAUGUCACCAGGCAUGGAAUUGAUGAGCAGACUCGGGCUGAGAGACAACGUGCUCAUGAUGAGGCUAUAGCGGCACACGUGAAAUUCGACAAGACUGCGAACAACUCUGUCUCGACCGAAGACAAACGCAAACGACCGUUGAGAACUUGGAAGGGGGCUCUCGUCAAACUACAGCUACCUUUGGUUAGGCAACGUCCACUUGGCAAAAUCAGGAAGCCCUGGUGUAACAUGCCGAUUCACCGGAAGGUGGACAAGGAGCUUCUGCAGCAAGUGUUGGAUAACGAGAAAUCUUCUCAAGAUCAGGUCCUUGGAAUGGUCCUUGCAGAAGAGCUUGGGUACGAGUCUUGGGGCGAUUCUUCGGAUGACACCGAUACCGACACCGAGGAUGAAUCCGACGACGAUUCUAGCAGAGGCUCUAGAGACGUUACAGAUGACACCACGGGUGACAAUACAGAUGAACACGCAGCAAACUCUCCGGAUGCCCCAGCUGAAACCCAGCCAUCAGAGCUCCCGAUCCCGGUCACAGCUCCCGCAGUCCCAACCAAGGUUCCCAGUGAUCAAGCUGCGUACGAAAUGCCUAAGCCGGGAUCGGCUCGGGAUCGGUUCAGACAAGAAUGUUUCCAAAUGGGCCUCACGUCAGUAGUCAACGGAGAACCCUACAAGCGUCCAAAAGAACCAUUUGUAUUUGGAGUUCCCCACGAACCGACAAAGCAGACCCAGUUCCGACUCGGGUUUUUCAAGGUCGGCCUGGCAAAACGAUGCCGCCCAAUGACCAUUUUUCCAAAGCAACAUGGCGAAAUCACCAUUUCCCCCGAGGAAUGGAAAUCCAUCGAAGAGGAUGCUCGCAAUAAGAUUGUCACUUACGAGUACUUGUGCAGAGAAAGACGUGAGUUGGCCAAGGUCGCUGAAGAGAUGGGGAUUGUUUGA